UAGGAUAAACACAUCUGGUGAUGCAGCAGCUGUAAGAAGAUGAAGACUAUACGAAGUGGUUUUUUUGAAUGUUCAACAUCUUUAAGUGUAAGUGAUAUACUUCAACUUAUGUUGUUAUGGGUUUCAGAGGUCCCUGUUACUGCUGCUGCUGCUGAAUUAGUAGGGAUAAACCAACCAACUUCAGUUCAGUGGUAUCAGUAUUUCAGAGAUAUCUGCUCAUUCAAAGUUUUAGAUGUUGCAGCUGUAAACCAGCUAGGAGGUCCAGGACACAUAAUUGAAAUUGAUGAUCUUUGUUUUUCAAACGCAAGUAUAAUGUGGGUCACAACGUUGAAAAGCAUUGGAUUUUUGGGGCUUAUGAUACAACAACUUAAAAAAGGGUAUUUGACUAGGGUAGAGGAUCGAACUGCAAAUACAUUAGUACCUUUGAUUCAAACUUGGAUUGCUCCUGGUUCAACUAUACAAUCAGAUGAAUGGGCUUCGUACAAUAAUUUAAGCAACUUAGGGUAUAUUCAUUCAACUGUUAACCAUACCACAUAUUCACGAUAAGUAUCCUCUUUAAAUUACACAUUUAUUAAUAUUUUAAUUCUAUUUUAAUUUAUGAUUUUAUUUUAUGAAUUUUUGGAGCAAAUUUUCUCAAAUGAUCACAUACUGUGUUACACUGAUGUCGAGAAGAUACACAUACUGAUGAUGAGAAGAUACACAUACUGAUGAUGAGAAGAACAUACAUGGAGGAAAAGCUUAAAACGACGAGAUUAAGAAAAAAAGACAUUUGAAGAUUUGAAGAUUGAAAGAUAGUGAAGAUUUCGAAUAAAAAAAAGCUUGUGAAAGAUAAGUAAACUGAAGAAUAUCAAAACAUUUAUUUU